CAAUUUGGUCAGAUCUGACUUUUUCACCGUUAACUUGGACGGUCAAACGCGUUGACUAAUAGUCAACGCGCCAUGUCACUGCCAACUCACCAAAUUUCAAUUAACAUUUUUUCAAUUUACACCUAUUUCCAUUUUCUCUCCUUUAUCAUUUUGAACGGAAAAAAACACAUUUUCAAUUUCGGGACAAAACCCAACAGACCCCCGGUAAGCGACGUGCGUUUUGUCCCGAAAUUGAAAAUGUGUUUUUUUUUUGUUCAAAAUGAUAAAGGAAAGAAAAUGAAAAUAGGUGUAAAUUUUAAAAAAAAAUUAAUUGAAAUUUGCUGAGUUGGCAGUGACAUGGUGCGUUGAUCGUUAGUCAACCUGUUUGACCAUUAGUCAACGCGUUUGACCGUCCAAGUUAACGGUGAAAAAGUCGGAUCUGGCCAAAUUGUUUAUUUUGAUGUAUAGUUCGGGUCAGGAUGUUAUAGAUCAAAAAGAUUGGCCAAGAUGUUUAUUUUGGUCAAAGUUCAGGCUAUAUAAAAAUAUUAAGAAGGUAGUGUAUCUAUCGUUUCUUCUCGGCAUAUUAGCAAGAAAGUCGAAUCCUAUAUAGGAAGAGCAGUGCCGACUCUGUAUGGAGGCCUUGUUCUAUAAAUGAAACGUGGUCCAAAAUUAAAAAAAAUAUAUAUAUAUAUAUAUAUAUAAAACAAAUGAAAACCAUCAGAUAUUCACAUUGUCUAAAAGAAUACAAUAGUAAAUAAUUGAGAAAUAAUCAAUUAACUUGAAUCAUCCAAAUAGGUAAUAAGAAAUUAAUUGAGUCAGAAAGAAGAAUAUAGAAUAAUCAAAGAAUAGAAAAAAAUAAUUAGAAAAACGAAUAUUAGAUGGGAGAAAGUGAUAAUUUUCAGUCUCAAGCUAAGAACUAUUUAUAAUUGAUUUACUUAAUAUUUCUUUUUAAUGUUGUUGGCUUGUGCCUAGGGCUGUUAGUCGGUGCGAUUUCAAUUCAACCGAACCGCACCAGUGGUUAACCGCAAUCGAAAGUGUUACAGAAACGGCAACUGCAACCGAAGGAAGCUUCGGUUAACCACUAACCGCGACCGACAGUUUCGGUUUUUGUCUGCGGUUAGCCGAGACCGCUGACGACGGUGGGAGUUCUAGGAGUGGCGACGAGUUCUGGGAGGGAGGACGGCGGCGACGAGUUCUAGGCGACCUCAGAAUCGUUGGGCGAAGUCAGUAUUGCUGGGCGACGCCAGGAUUGUUGCGCGAUGUCCGGACUGCGGGAUGGCAGAGGGAUUGCGGGGCGACGGCGGGAUUGCGGGGCGAGGCCGAUGACAUGGAGGACGAUAAUUGGCAGUGUGGCGAUGGCGAGAUGACUCAUGAUUGGCGGCGGAACUCGGGAGGGAAGCGGCGGCGGGAGGGUUUCUACUUGCAAAGGAGACCAGCCAAAUGAUCUAGGGUUUCUUUCCCGAUUCCUCGUCUUCAAUCGCGUUUGGCGAUUCGUCUGUCAGAGACCAACCAAAGCGACCCCAUUUGGAGAGGCAAGGACAACGGCUUGGCGAGGACGAAGUGAGGACGACAGCAGGGCAGACGACGGCUAGCGGCGGAGAGGGUUGGUGUUCGUUGGGGAGGAAAUCGGAGGAGGGCGGCGGGCGGGAGCAAUUUUUGGGAAGGUUUUAGAGCAUCUCCAUCAAUGCAAUUACAAAAGAAAUUGCAUUUGUUUUUUUUAUUGUCAACUCAAAUUCUUUGCAAUCCACAUCACACAUUUCAUUCACCUACAUCAAUGCAAUUAACUUGCAAUUGCAAAUAUAAUUAAAUAUUAAUUUUAAAU